UGGUUGCGUCAUUCGUCACACACUGCCGAAGCGAGCGAGACCGGCCGCGCAUCUGAGCGUUGGACUGUUCGGGUACCCGUCUGCCUGUUUUUCUAUUUUGGGAUUUAGCCUGGUUUGGUGGCCUCCCGGCGAAUUAUUGCGGUCAUUCGGAGCUUCGACAUGGCAGCACUGCACUAUUGGACUACGGCAAGGAGGAGUGACCAACAAGUCAGCUAACACAACGGAUCUGCUUGCAGCAGCAAGGAAUGAGCCAGCAGAUGGUCGAGGUGGGCCUGGCAGCCGUGAGUGAAGACCUGCAAGCUGUUGCUGAGGCCUUGCACACCUGUCAAGCAGCUCAUGCACAGGCCGCUGUCACUGCAAGUUCUUCAGCUGCCACUCGAGCCCAGACGUUCCUGCACAUGGCCCAGAUACAAUUGAGCUGCCAGCAGAAGACCCUUUCGGGGCCCAAAAAAUCGGACACUGACUGUACAACUGUCCAAGGGGAUGCUUCAAAUAGUCCGUGUGGUGAAUGCUCAGCAGAAGGAGAACAAGACACAAGACUGUCUAUUGGCCUGGGAGGCCACCCUGCGGAAUAUGACUGCACGAUCCUGCUCAACCUAACAUGCCCAUCGGAGCUGCAGGGUAUUCCUAACCUCUACAACACAGUAGCUGAAAGAAAUGUCUUGUUUUGCAUAGCUUCUCUUCAGAAAGCAUAAAUGAACAUAUUUGUUGUUA